AUAUCCAAUUAUCCUAACUCCACUAGUUGAAAAGAUUGGACAGGUACCUCUGAGCAGUGCAGCGGUGAGCGCGCUGGUGCUGAGAGCGAGCGGAGAAAGGACGGGCCUCGGUGUCCAGGCAGUGCCGUUUGGAGCCACGUUCUGCCCGGGCCAUGCUUUCCUCCGCCGCGCGUAGUGCUCACCGGUACUACGACUCCCAGCAUGCACCUCGCAGCCCGGCCCUCCGUGGAGCGAGAAACCCGGACAGACGAGGAAAGGCAGAGCCACGGACUCUGGUGCCAAGACCGGCUCCCGCCAACCUUUCUCAAGGCUGUGGUCUCCGCUAGCCGUGCGACACCACGACCCACACACGCCCCUGCCUGUAGCCCGCCUCAGCCUACCUCUCUGGUCGAUCCGGACUCGUUUCUUCCCCGAGUUUCCCGCGGGAACUAACUCUUGAAAGAGGACUUACCGCAGCCGAGAGUUUGGCAGGCCCGGCCAACCAGAGGCGAGCUUGGGAGCCGAGGCGGGCAGCGGGGAGAGAGCGCCCCGUUUCUCCUGGGAAGAGUGGGCCAGGCCGGGCUGGGAGCCAGAGAGGGGAAGCAGGGGAGCCCGGCGGGGUGCGGAAGUGCACAAGCCCUCCCUGGAAGGGUGGGGGCUUCGGCGGUCGAGCCUCACCCUUCAGAAGCCUCCUUCAGGUUCCAGGCCAAGCCUCGGCCACUAUGUCCCACCAGACUCCUCCGGACUCCAGCUGCCUGGACCUGUGGAGGGAAAAGAAUGACCAGCUUGUUCGACAGGUCAAGGUGGCUCAGGACUCCGGUCUGUCUUUGAGGCGACAGCAGUUGGCUCAAGAUGCACUGGAAGGGCUCAGGGAGCUCCUCUGUAGUCUGCAAGGGCUCCCUGCAGCUGUUGCUGUUCUCCCCUUGGAGCUGACUGUCACCUGCAACUUCAUUAUCCUGAAGACAAGCGUGGCCCAGGGUUUUACUGAAGACCAGACUCAGGAUAUCCAACGGGGCCUAGAAAGAGUGCUGGAGACCCAGGAGCAUCUGGGGCCCAGGUUGGAACGAGGGCUCAUGGAGCUGUGGGAGUCCGUCCUCCAUGCUUCCUCCCUUCUGCUGCAUCUGCUUCCUGCCCUGCACCGUCUUGCUGGCCUGCAGGCUGCCCUCUGGCUGGGCACUGACCAUCUUAGGGACCUGGCUUUGCUGCUGCAGACCCUGAAUGGCAGCCAGAGUGGAUGCUCUGAGGAUCUGCUGUUGCAUCUAAAAACCUGGAGUCCCCCAGCUGAGGAAUCAGAUGCUCCAUUGACCCUGCAGGAUGCCCGGGGAUUGAGGGAUGUCCUUCUGACAGCAUUUACCUACCGCCAAGGUCUCCAGGAACUGAUCAUAGGGAACCUGCCCAAGGCACUAAGCAGCCUGAAUGAAGCAGCCUCAGGUCUGUGUCCACGGCCUGUGUUGGUCCAGGUGUACACAGCACUGGGGACUUGUCUCCGUAAGAUGGGAAAUCCACAGAGAGCACUGGUGUAUUUAGUUGAAGCCCUGAAAGGUGGAUCAGCCUUAGGUCCUCCACUUCUUGAGGCCUCUAGGCUGUAUCAGCAACUGGGAGAUACAGCAGCAGAGCUGGAGAGUCUGGAGCUGCUGGUUGAGGCCUUGAGUGUCACCCACAGUUCUGAAGCCCCUCAGCUUCUCAUUGAGGUAGAAUUACUGCUCCCACGACCUGACCCAGCCUUGCCCCUUCACUGUGGCACCCAGAGCCAGGCCAAGCACCUGCUAGCAAGCCGAUGCCUACAGACAGGGAGGGCAGAAGAUGCUGCAGAGCAUUACUUGGACCUGCUGGCCCUGUUGCUGGAUGGCUCGGAGCCAAGGUUCGCCCCACCCCCCUCCCCCCCAGGGCCCUGUAUGCCUGAGGUAUUUUUGGAGGCAGCAGCAGCACUGAUCCAGGCAGGCCGAGCUCAGGAUGCCUUGACCGUAUGUGAGGAGCUGCUCAGUCGCACAUCAUCUCUGCUACCCAAGAUGUCCCAGCUGUGGAAAGGUGCCAGAAAAGGAACCAAGGGUCUGCCACACUGCCCACUUUGGGUCUCUGCUACCCACCUGCUUCAGGGCCAGGCCUGGGUACAGCUGGGAGCCCAAAAAGAAGCAGUUAGUGAAUUUAGCUGGUGCCUGGAGCUGCUUUUCCGGAGCACACCUGAGGACAAAGAACAAGGGGCAGCUUCCAACUGUGAGCAGGGGUGUAAGUCAGAAGUGGCACUGCAGCAGCUUCAGGCAGCCGCCCUGAUUAGUCGAGGACUGGAAUGGGUAGCCUGUGGCCAGGAUAUCAAAGCCCUACAGGACUUCCUCCUCAGUGUGCAGAUGUGCCCAGGUAAUCGAGAUGCUUCCAUUCACCUGCUUCAGACUCUGAGGAGGCUGGAUCGGAGGGAUGAGGCCACUGCUCUCUGGUGGAGGCUGGAGGCCCAAACUAAGCUGCCACAGAAAGAUACUACAUGGUCUCUACCCCUAUACCUAGAAACCUGUUUGAGCUGGAUCCGUCCCUCUAAUCAUGAAACCCUCCUUGAAGAGUUUCGGACGUCUGUGCUGGAGCCUCAUGGCCUGUAGCUGCCACAUUUCCAAGACUUUAAACUGGGCCAUCUGUCUGCGUGGAAGGCUUUCUGCUUUACCAUCCUUGGGGAGUAUGGCUGGAGCUGACCAUUCCUAUAUAACUCCUGCACUGAUGAGUCUGGUGGUAGUCCUGCAAAAUUUGGACUAGUUACUACCAUUUUGGUUCUGGAGGAAACACUCUCUGCCACCAAGUCAUUGACUUUGCUUGUGGCACAUUUUUUCUGGUUUCCCCUUUUCUUGUGUUGAGUAAAGUCUCCUAUUUAUCUGUU